AUGGCUUCCGUUUCAUCAUUGGACAAGGACUUGCGCAGGGUGCGCCUCGACAAGUACACGCCAGCGGCGGCGAACGAGGUGCGCUCAUGGAUCGAAGACACCUUGGGCGAGACCCUGCCGUCGCCCGACAUCCUCGAAGGACUCAAAGAUGGUGUUGCGCUCUGCAAGCUGGUCAACCUCGCCGUCCCGCCCCCAGGCGUCAAGUUCAAGCAGUCCGCUAUGCCUUUUGUGCAAAUGGAGAACAUCUCCAUCUUCCUGCGCGCAUGCCAAGAACCGCCACUCAACCUCCACCAACAUGACACUUUCCUCACUGUCGACCUGUACGAGCAAAAGGACCCUGCCCAGGUCCUCCAGUGCCUGGGCGCUUUCUGCCGAGCCGCCCACGCGGCGAACCCGAGCCGAUUCCCCACGGCCAUAGGACCUAGGAACAAGAUGAACGUCGCCGAGCCACGGAACUCGGCGCCCUCGACGCCGAUCCGCAACAGGGGUAUCUCUGUGACGAGCAACACGUCCUCGGCCUACGGCUCGAAGCCUGUGCUCCCACAUCGGACGGGUGAUUCAGCCUCGGGGCGGUAUAGCCCGACUAAGAGUCCCAACAAUGGCGCCAGCUCACCUGGUCCUGUUAGUAGCUGGAGUAAGAGGGAGCACGAGGGCGCCACAUCGCCCGCGUGGAACAUUGCACAGUAUGGAUACAUGGGUGGUGCGAGUCAAGGAAAUCUGGGCAUCGCCUUUGGAGCACGGAGGCAAAUCACCACGAGUGGUCCUAAAGUGCCAAGCCUCGCUGACAAGGAACGCAUGCGCAAGGAGAAGGAGGCAGAAGAAGAGAGGGAGAGGCUCGCGGCGGAAGAGGACGAGCGGCGGAAGCUAGAGGCGGAGGAAGAACGCGCCAGGCUGGACGAAGAGCGCAGGUGGGAAGAGGAGACCAACCGCGCCCGUGAAGAGGAGCGUCGUAGAGCGGAAGAGGAGAAACGACGGUGGGAGGAAGAGGAGCGCGAGUGGAGGAUCACCGAGGAAAAGCGAAGGCGUGAGGAGAAGGAGGCCGAGGAGCGUCUAGAAGCUGAGCGCCGGCAAAUCCGAAGUCAGGGGGGCAGCACACCCAAGGGCUCACUCAGCAGUCAGCACCGAGCGGGGCAGGACACUGGCAGUGGCGACACAAGAUACGGCGACAGGAUCAAGCAGCUCGAGAAGGAGCUGGAAGAGGCUCGCCAACGAGAGGCCGAGUAUGAGCGCGAGCGACAAGUAAGGAGUGGCGGCUCGAGUCGUGCCAUCAGCACGGGAGACAAAGACGCCAAAGACAGGGCCAGGUCCAAGAGCAGGGGAGACAAGGAUGCAAAGGCCAGAGCUAGGUCCAAGAGCAGAGGAUUGGGCGAACCCGGUCGUCAGGACUCGUACGUCCGUGGUGAGCGAGAGGUUCUGAGCACGGCGUGGAAUCGACAUCAGAACGGCGCCGACUACGAGGACAUCCCUGAAUCAAAGAUCUCGUCUCCGCCAGCGCGAUCUCCUCGGCCCCUUCCGAAGCCUACAGUCGAACCUGAGCACGUCUCUCCACCACCGGCGCACACCACGCCAAGUGCCCCGCGUCCUCUGCCCAAGCCAGCUGUGACCCCAGAGGCUGCCUCGUCCUCGUCCUCGUCCUCGUCCUCUCCGUUCAACGCUGCUCGCUCGCCUCGCCCUCUGCCCGAGCCCACGGCUAGGUCGUCUCCAGUGACGAGCCCCAGCGCUAGCGGCGGCGGGGGACGACCCCUCCCGGACCCCAAGACGUACUCGUCACCCCCUUCCGCACACGCCAGCCGCACAGACCGUUACCUCUCAUCCAACCCGGCGCCUUCACCUUCGGGCCCGCAGCAGACGUACGCGCGCGAACUCGGCGCCACAGCAGAGCAGGACGGCGAGGACCGCCGCCGCGUCCGGAGCCAGCAGCAGACGAAAGCCGGCGGAUGGGCGAGCAAGUCUCUGCUCGAGCGGGAGAUGGAGCGCGAACGUGAGAGGCAGCGGGAAUGGGAAGAGGCGCAGAAGGAGACAGCCGCCGCCGCCAGGAACUCGGAUGGUGUCGACGGCAUUGGCGGCGGCAUCGGCGGGAAAUGGGACGUCAGUCAGUGGAGUGGGUUCACGGGUGGUGAUGGGCAGAACAAGGGCACCCAGGGCAUCGGUGCUGGGCGAAGGCAAAUAGUCGGUCCCCGGCCGUUACCUGGCCCCAAGCCAUGA